CCGAUCUCAUUCCUCUUCUGCUGUGAGUCUUGGACACAAGGGGCCACCCAAGGUGGCGGCACAGCUGACCGUGGGCACAGUCCCCCAAGCCACAAGCAGGCACCAUGGACUGGAAGAAGCUCCAGGACCUAUUGAGCGGCGUGAACCAGUACUCCACAGCAUUCGGGCGCAUCUGGCUGUCCGUAGUGUUCGUCUUCCGGGUGCUGGUGUAUGUGGUGGCGGCCGAGCGUGUGUGGGGUGAUGAGCAGAAAGAUUUUGACUGUAACACCAGGCAGCCCGGCUGUACCAACGUGUGCUAUGACCACUUCUUCCCUAUCUCCAACAUCCGCCUCUGGGCCCUGCAGCUCAUCUUCGUCACGUGUCCCUCUAUGUUGGUCAUCCUACACGUAGCCUACCGAGAGGAGCGGGAACGGAAGCAUCGCCUGAAGCACGGGGACCAGUGUGCUAAGCUAUACAGCCAUCCUGGCAAGAAGCACGGUGGCCUGUGGUGGACUUACCUGCUCAGCCUUAUCUUCAAGCUCAUCAUUGAAUUGGUCUUCCUGUAUGCCCUGCACAGGCUCUGGCAUGGCUUCACCAUGCCGCGUCUGGUACAGUGUGCCAGUGUGGUGCCCUGCCCCAACACCGUGGAUUGCUACAUCGCUCGACCCACCGAGAAGAAAGUCUUUACCUACUUCAUGGUAGGUGCCUCCGCUGUCUGCAUUAUUCUCACCAUCUGUGAGAUCUGCUACCUCAUCUUCCACAGGAUUAUGCGAGGCCUGAGCAGGGUCAAGUCUACAAAGAGCAGCAGCUCCCCGAAGUCCUCCAGCCGAGCCUCCACCUGCCGCUGUCACCACAAGCUUCUGGAGAGUGGGGACCUGGAACCAGACCCAGUUGAUGCCAAGCCGCAGGCCUCAGCACCCAACCUGACCCCCAUUUGAACAGGAGGAGGAGUGAGGCAGGGAGGUGCUGCAGGUGGAGGGGUGCUGGGACCCCCACUUUGAAUUCACUAAGCUAGCCAAUUAUGUUUAAAGCAGAUAUUUGUGGGUGCUGGGCUCUGUGCUGGCUACCUGGUAUAUAGGUAACAUGGCAAACCCAGCUUCAGAAAGGUAUUUAGAUUAGCAAAUUAAGUGCAUGCAUGCAAGGGUCUGCUUAGCUAAGCUGGUAAACAGGGCUUCUACCUACCCCAGAGGACUGUCAUGCCGGGCACCCUCUCAGAAAUGCACAGUAGGAGAGAGAAACGGGGGUCUCCAGAAGAGAUAGCAACAACAACAAACUGUAGAGGUGCUGGCCUUGGACUGGGGACAGCCAGCCAGAGGGAGCUUUUACUCCCCCAUGAGGAGCUGCUCCGGUUCCUAAGUGGAAUGUUCUGGAGGACAAAGAACAAAUGUGUGUAGCAGGCCUUGUCAUGUCAGCUGCUGUUUGGGACACCUGGGGGUUCUCUGGAUGCCCUUCCCCAACCUCCACCUUCAGGCAGCAAUACUCUUCUUCCUCUCCCCCCCCCAGGGUGCUCAGCCCGCUGCACCCUGUAGCCAGGACCUUGGGGGCAUGCAUGGAAUGGGAAUACAUCCAAGUCAGUUUCCUUUA